CCAUGUCACCAGCUGAUAUGGAUGAUAAUCAGAAAGAAAAAUAGUGAUGUGCAAAUAUUUAAUAUUAAUUUCACAUUCGUUCGUUAUUUAGUGUUAUAAUAUGAUAUUUUUAAUUAAUUUGUCGUUUAGUUAUAUUAUCGAUCAUAUAACAAGAUAACAACAUUCACUGUUUUCGUGUAAUGCGGCUAAUCAUCGGCAAUGCCUUAUUUAUCGGCAGCCCGGGAGAACGGCCACAGCGAUAGUCGACUGAAGUUGUUCAAUGGUCUGUUCCGAUGGAAAAAAUCAGAAAAAGAAAAACAAAAAGCCAGGCAGCUAAGUAAAAGUGAAGUUUGUAUAGCAACAUCGAUGUCAGUGAAAACAAGAAAUUCGUGUCCUGCUUCUCCGGCUCUUUCUAUGCCCAGAUCUAGGGACGUUUUCCAGGACAUGGAGACACUUAAAAUCUCUAGACACGACAAUCCAUACUUACAGAAAAAAAUUUUAGCAAGCAGAGAGAGCUUAUUAGAUGAUAAUAUUGUUGUAUCAGACACAGAUGACAUAGACAUCAUGGCCCAGGAAUAUUUAGCGGAUAUGGGUCCAGGUGCUUUAAUAGAGCUUCAUCAACAUAUGGUAAGAAGUCCACCUCCAACUACGUGGCCACGUAUACCUAUAUUUAAAUAUGACGAAAAAGACCAAACCCAAGAUCUGUACGGAGAUAGAUGUAAAAGUCCACAAGGCCGGACGUUCCUCCACAGCUCAUGUUCAAGUGGUUCUUCGAGCUGUGUGGUUUCACCACGAUAUAACCAUCAGUCUAGAUGUCACCGAUCGGCUAGUGAAUCUCGAGGUAAACACGUUUAAACCUCACAUACAUACUUCGUAAAUGUUGUACGAUUGGAAAAAUCUUCCAUCAAUAUUGGGUAUUUGUGUAAAGUUACGCAAAAUCAUUUUCGAUCUGGAGACCGAGAAAAAGGAAGCACAUAAGUUUACUCAUUAACCCACCGUCACUUUAUUUUAGUUAAUUGACGUGUAUUUCUUACAAAAUGAUGCAUAUUAUGAGAAAAAUCAAAAGUACAUGAAAAGGGGCUUUAAAUUCGUUCAAUAUGUACCUAUGUAUAUGGUUUUAUCUAUAAAAAUAAAAAUUAUUGAUAAAUGAUUAUAAUGUGCAAUAAACAAUUAAGUAAGUAGUAAAUUAUUGUAUACUUAUUACAUAAUAUUAUAUUGUUCUAUUGAUUACGAAUCAGUUUUCAUAUAGGUAUUAAUUAUUUAUCAUUAUUAUUAUUUUUAUAAAUAUUUUUAUCUACGUUAAAUUAUAUUUUAUAUUUAGAAAAGUUUAAUUUUUAAUUUUUUUGUCCAAAACUAUAUUCUAUAUUUUGCUUGUUAUAUUAAAAUCUAUUAUUUUUACAAUAUCAUAAAUUUAAUAUAAUUGUAUCAAUUACAAUUUUUGGAAUGUAUUUUUCUAUAACUUAUAUGUAUAAUAGACCAUUAUAUGUAUUUUGUAUUUGAUAUAGAAUCUAGUAAUCUACUUUAAACAACGCAUAAUAUCCCGAAAUUGACUUUCUUCAUUCUCCGUAGAAUUAUAAAUAUUAUAAAUAAUUAAAAAGACAUGAAUCGAACAUUUAAUUUACAUAUAAUUUAUCACAUACUCAGGUUACGUGAUUUGCAAUUAAUCUCAUUUAAAAUUUAUAUUAAUGAUAUUUAAAUCAAUUUAUUAAUUAAAAAUUGUUGAAAAUUAAAAAAUGCUUAAAUAAUAAUUAUUAAAUAACAUUGCCUUUAAUAUCUACUUAGAGAAUAAUUAUUGUGAUGUUACUCAUACGACAUUCCAUAAUGUAUAGUACUAUAAUGUACGAAUAUACCUAUAUGAUGACCAUAAUAAAUUUUAUAAUUGCAUAGUUAGGUGCAAUAUUAUUGCAAGUUGCCAUUUAUUAAAUUAAUUAAAUAUAAUUGUGCGUAUUUUUAUUUAAUGUUGUUUAUACAAUAUACAUUCACGUAUAAUACCUACCUUAAGAUCCAUAACAAUAUGUAAAAUGCACAAUGUACCUAUUAUAUAAUUAUUAUGUCUUAUAUUUUAAUUAGCAGCCUACAAAAAAAUUUAAGUAUUUUUUUUUUUAACACGACUUGAAUUAAAACUAAAAUAAUUAAAAUUGCUUAAAUUAUGAUCAUUUUCUAAAGAAAAACGUAAAAGUAAUUUGUGCUAAAUAAAUGGGAAAUAUUAAAUAUUCAUUUAUAAUGUUUAAGUAUAUAUUUAAGUAGAAUGAAUUAUUUAAAAUAAUAAUGGCCUAUAUAUUUAACUCAAGCUGCAUGUGAAUUAUUUACCACAAUAUUACACACAAAUAACUAUUUAAUACGUCUUUACAAAAUAAUAAUAGAAUAAAUUGAUUUUGUUAUUUGAUAUUUUAUAGAUACCUACUAAUUUAAUAAAUAUUCACUUACUUACCUAGUCGAGAUAUAAAUUAAGUUUUGACCAAUAGUUUAUUAAAAGCUAAGGUAUUAUUUUGUUUUUUAAUUUACAUAUAUUAUAAUAUGUCAUACAUCGAGAUCAAGCUUUUAAAACCGUAGAUAGUUAAAAUUUAAUUUGUGAUUAUAAGCUAAUUAAUACGUUUUAGAAUAUUUCAUUAUGAAAAUGUUCAUAUACUUGAUCUGAUGAACUCGUUAACUUGUAUAAGUACCUAGAUAAGUAUACCUUGAAAACCUAUUGUCUAUACAGACUAUAGACUAUAGAUCAAUUUUAGAUAAAACUAUAAAAGUAUAUAAGUUCUAUAAUACGGUGAAGGAAAAAAGGGUUUUUAUACAUGUUUUUUAUUUUAUUUAAUAAUCUAUAUUCUAAAUAUAGGUAUAGUAUAACGCGUUAAUUCAUUAUGUGAUUAGUUUAGUAAAUUCACAAUGGCAAUUGGCAAUAUAUUGUCAAAUUUUAUAUUUUAAUUCAAUCGUUUUUUAUGCAUAUUUCGUAAUUUUUAUUUUCAAGGAAAUAAUAUUGUUACGUACGGUCCAUCUCCUAUAAGCCGGGUGCAGGGGUGGUCCCAGAGACUUGGUUGGGGGGGGCCUAAUUGUUAUAAUUUUCACAAAACUUGUAACAACAAUUUUUACAACACAAAUUCAAGUAUUUUUACUUAAUUAGUAUUCUUGUAGUCCAUACAGAUGGCAGAUACAUGCUACAAGUCAUACACCGACGUACCUCCAAUAAUUACAUACUUUUACGUGUCUAUAAUAGUCGAUACUAUAAUGUUUUUUUGUUUGUAAUUUUUUGUUAGCAAUAUACAAUUUUUUAGAAAUACGGGUUUUGGGCCUUGGGGGGGCCUCCCCUGGACCCCACCCCCAGGAACCACCCCUGGCUGGGUGCACGCAACAAUAUAAUUUAUAAUGAAAAUGUAUAAGAACCUUUUUAAGUGCUAUUAAAUCCUGUCCUUAUUCCCUAUUAUGAACUGAUGAGUUAUAAGUUAUAACUAUUGUUACUUAAAAAUUAAAAUAUUAGGUAAAAUUUAAUGCUAAUUCUUUUAAUAAUUUAUUUAUUCCCUCAAUAUUGUCGACUCUCAACAAAAAUAUUCAAAUGUAUAAUUUGUUGCAUAUGCUACCCCUGUGCGCAUGAUUAUAGCAUGAUUCACAAUGUUAAUGUUAGUAAUUUUAACUUAAGUAUUUUUUUUUAGUUAAAGUAUAGUUUGUUGAUAAAAUUUUAUUUUAUUUUCUAAAUUCUAGCUAUAAAUAAUAAUUAUUGACUAUUUGAAAGUAUAUACCUACCUAAUACAUAAUAUAAUUAAAUAGAGAUAGUUAUAGGUAGGUACUCAAUGUAUCACAUGACACAUUUUAUCAUAGGUUUUUAAGGUAUUUAUCUUCACAAUCUGAUUGGAAUAAAGUACCUUAAUAAUAUGUUUAUUAUAAUAUUUAUGCAUGAUAAUGAUUAUUAUCAAGUAUUUAUUUAUAAUAUUAAAAUUUUAAGUUAUAACCCAUUUGAAAGAGUUAGGUAUGUUGAAUAUUUUAAUUUAUAUAUUUAAUUAAUAGUUUUUUGUAGGUAUUAUAGAAUCUUAAUUGUUAAUUGGGUUGUUAGAAAUUAUAUGCAUUUUUUUUGGUGCUUUGUUCGUUAUUGUUUCAAAAUGCUUUAUUAAAUUGCUGGUGCUUUUAAGUUUUUGUUCUCAUUUUAUCCAUGGACAUGUGAUUCAAUUUUAAUCAACAAGUUUUAUUUAAUAAAUGUUGUUACACAAUAUAUAUUUAAAAUGUAUUAGUUAUUAAACAUAUUUAUGUUUAUGUUUAGCAUAAUAUACCUACUUAUAAUAAUUUAAACUAUUCAGUAAUAAUGUAUUAAAGUUUAUUUUCUCUAAAUAAUACAUUUAUGGUAAAAUGUUUAACUGUUAUAAUAUGUAAUAAAAACACCAAUUUUAAACUUUCUAAUAAUAAUAAUUGUAAUAUUAUUUUUAUUUUACCUUUAUAUAGUCUAUAAAAUAUAGUUAAAAUAAAUUUUUUUUUGUAUGGACAUGUGGUUUUAUGUUACCUUUACCGU